AUGAGAGACUCUCAUGAUAUUGCUCAGUUCCGAUUUAUGUUGAAGAACAUAUACACCUGGGCCGUUACAGAGUUCAGGCCCACAAUAGCCAAAUAUAUCGACCAUUGGGAGUACCUUUACUCCGAAGACUUCUUGAAAGCCCAGCGAGCAGCAGUGGCGUUUCGAGAGGAGGAAAUGGAGUCGAGGAGUCGGCAGCAGAGCCCCGAAGCUGACGAGUCACCUACUAAACAGUUGGAACGUACCAUCGAAAGGAUGAUGUCCUUGAACCUGAAUGAGAGAGUGACGCCGACCUCCAACAGGCAUGCGGAUCCCAUCUCGGUAUCUUCAACUUCAACGAGCUCAGUGCGGCGAAGCGCACGAAUAAAAGCACGGCGCGAAGCACAACUCUCUCUCGGUUUGGCUACUAAAUUGGAGAGGUCUGCCUCACGUCUUAAACAAACUAUAGCAGCUGGGCCUUCCCGGAGACGAGAAAGCGGGACGAAAUUUCUCGCAGGACCAAUCGAGGUUGAAUUUGAUGGAAGUACCAGUGAUGAGGACUAUGACGAAAAUGAGGAAGAUGAUGAUAGUGGCGACGACGAUGAAGAAUGUGAGGAUGAUGACGAGACUGGUGAGGAAGAGAGUGAUGAGGAAAACCUCGUAUGGGACUAU